UUUCCACUUGCAAAUUUCAUGUUACUUCCUCAAUCUUAUACAAUCAAGAAUGAAUUAUGAGCAACAUUUUCGAUUAUUCAAGGGGGUCUUCAUUCUUCAACACGGUCAACACUGAAUUUAUGUGUAGAAGCAAAAUUAAUGUUGGUGUAUAUGGAUGUACACCUAAAAUUUUGAAAAUUUCGAGGUAUACACAUGACAUACGAAUACUAAAUUUAAUAAGGAGAGUCAAUUUAAGAGCAAGAUCUCAUGAGAGUAGCUGGCCAACAUUAAAAAAAAUGUAAUUAUAAGCAUCAAAUUAAAUAAAAAUUAGAGAGAGAGAGAGAGAGAGCACAGCUGGUGGGUUUGUGUAAAAUUUGAGUGUCAGCGAACAUGCGCUUGCCUCCUCUCCUCUCGAGUCUACUGACUCACCACCACCUUCCUCUAUCAUUCCACACCCAUCAUUUUACGACGUCGUCUCGUCUGCAUACCAUAACUACUACUGCUCUAUUCAAACCCACAAAAGUCUUCCUUCUUCCGUGACUCGUUCUCUCUCUCUCUCUCUUUCUCUCACACACGCAUUGCGUGCUUCUCUUCCCUUUCCAGUCCACUCCACGCCCGCCGCACAUGCUUCUCCUCCUCUCCUCAUGAAUCGGACCUUGAGAGAAUCCGUCAUCGGCGCCGGCCGCAACCACCGCCGAGGCCACAGCAUCAAUGGAGUCCCCAAUUCCAGGGAUUCCACCGACGACAAUCUAGAUCUCUUCUCCAAAAGCCGCCGCAGCCUCUCCGUCGCCCCUUCCGACGAGCCAGAUGUGCCGUUGAAAUUGGGGAGGCUUUCGCUUGGAUCCGCGAAACCGGGGAGGACUGGAUUAGAUGAUUUAUUGUCAUCGGGUGAUGGAGGGAAGCACGACUAUGAUUGGCUUCUUACUCCUCCUGGAACUCCGUUGGUCCCUUCUUUUGAUGGAAAUGAAUCACAGGCCGGUCUCAUGGCUCCAAGGAGUGGUCCAUUGGUCCGAUCAAUCUCGACAGCCAAAGCUUCACGGUUAUCAGUGUCUCAUUCAGAGAACAACCAUGUGGCGAAACCAACUCGAAGCAGUUCGGUGACCAGACCUUCUAUUUCUACUUCCCAGUAUAGCACCUAUUCCAAUAAAUCAACAUCCAUUCUCAACACAAGUUCUGCUUCUGUUUCAUCUUAUAUCAGACCGUCUACACCUACCAACCGACCCUCAUCAAGGCCUUCUACCCCUUCUGCGCGUCAGACAGCAUCUAGAUCUUCAACUCCUUCUAAACCCCGUCCUACGCACAGUACCUCUUCGAUUGAUAAACCAAGAGCAACCCAAAAUUCAAGACCAUCUACUCCCACUUCUAGGCCUCAACUUUCUACAACCUUGAAUUCUCCUGCUCCUCGCACUACAUCAAGGCCAUCAACACCAACCCGUCGAAAUUCCACACCAUCAUAUUCUCCCGUAUCUGGACCAUCAACCCCUGGUGGGCGUAGUCUCACAAACGGGAAAACUGCUACUUCAGUUUCACGACCAAGCUCCCCUGGACCACGAGUUCGGGCUCCGCCACAACCAAUCAUACUCCAUGAUUUUCCACAUGAUACACCACCAAACCUUAGAACCACUUUGCCAGAUAGACCAAUAUCUGCUGGGAGGUCCAGACCUGGUGUGGCUCUCACUGGAAAAGGGAAUGCAGAGCCCAUCACAAACAGUGCUAGCAUUGCUAGGCGACAGUCAUCUCCAGUGGUAAGCAGGGGAAGGCUUCCAGAACCCACUGGAAGGACCCGAACACCUUCCAAUGGACCGUCGAAUGAUGUUGUUGACUCAAGGAGAGAGUUGUCAUCACGGAAACCUGCAAAGACAUCCGCAGAUAGCACAGGGUUUGGCCGUACAAUCUCAAAAAAAUCUCUUGACAUGGCCAUACGGCAUAUGGAUAUACGAAAUGGAAACAAUGGGUUUCGAGGAUCGAAUCUUUUCCCUCAAAGCAUUAGAUCCAGCAAUCAGAAAGUACAUCCAGGUACAGCAUCCGGCAACAGAAGCCUGUCCGUGGCAGAAAACGGCAGCCGGUUUUCUGAGAGUGGCAGUGAGGAAGACAAGUCUCAGUGUUGUGCAAAAUUAAGCAACAUUGAUAUUUACGAAAGUUCCCGGUACGACAUGAUUCUUCUGAAAGAGGAUCUCAAGAACACAAAUUGGCUACAUAGUAUUGAUGAUAAGUCUGACCAAGAAUCCAUCUUUGAUAAUGGAUUUGAACUUCUGCCAGAACCAUUUGAUCCAUUAUAGCCUUCGUGACUUUGUUUAGUCCCGAAUUUUAUUAUUCUUUUAAUCAUGAAAUGUUGAGGGACAUGAGAAUGUGAUUUAUCAAUUAUCAUACAUACCCCUAUGAGGUGCAUAGGCAUUGUUGUUGUACGAGAUAUAUUGUAAAAUUUUAACAAAGAAACAAAAUAUUUUAAAAUUUUAAUAA